AUUAAGUCUACUAAAUUAGGAAUCCAGCUGCAAUUCACCACCGCUUCUAUUCAUGUAUACAUCUCUCUUUCUCAUCAUGGUCGUCUUUAGGUAGCCCAAUCACCAUCUUCCGUUGUUGAAAACCAGACUUUUUUUUUUCUAGGAAAAAAGUUAGUAGCAAAUUAAAUUUUACUCUAAUGUAUCAAGAAGGUAUGUGCUGGUUGUGUAAUGAGUCAAAGCUUACAUCAUUGAACUUUUUACGAAGAGGAAAGUUUUGAGGUUUGAUACAUUGUUUUCCCUCAACGCGUAAACCCCCAUCCUUAGUGCUUAUGCUGAGGAUGCCACAUAGUACAAACUACUAAGGAAAAACAAACAAACAGCAAAAGGGAAAGGAAAAACAUCCAUCAGAUUUGGAUAACUGUUUUCGAUUUGAUUAGAGUAUUUUUUAUAACUACACCUUUUAUCAAAUCAGAUAAAUAAGACAAAGAUGAAGUCGGUGGUCUAAAGUCACACCUUUUUUGUUAGUAAUAAAGUUCUUUUAUUUUUCCUUAUUGAAAAUUCAUCUGCUCUGUCUCCUUUCACCUUAACGUUUUAUCUGCUGUCUUUCCCGAAAGAUACAAAACGUUUCUCCUUUUCAGACCAAGACCAUUACCUCCUACGCUCCCUUGUAAAGCAAAUAGUUAUGUGAUUGAUUAUUACUAUUUCUUUCCAGUUAAACAGAAACAAAACUUAACUGAACUAUUAUUAAUGGAACCUGAAAUAAAUUUUGGGUGACAAACUGAUUUAAAAAAAAACAGAAACAAAAUUUAUUUGAACCCGAAAUAUUAUUAACGAACCCAAUCCAACUAUAAAUAUGCUUGAAGUUGAAGUAUUAUUAAUCGAACUCAAAAUAAAUUUGCAUCCGAAAUAAUUUUUAAACAGAGAUCAAAUAUAUCUGAACUCAAAGUAUUAUAAACUGAAACCAAUCCAAGCAUAUACAUAAAUGAAACUUAAAAAUGGAACCAGAAAACCUGAGCUAAACCUGAAAAGAUAUCCGAAAACCAGGUGCUACAAAAGAAAAAAUUACAAACGAUUUUUUCUUUAUUUUUUAAUUGACUCCGUAGAGAGUUUGGGAGUUUAUUUUGUUACAAAAAGAAGAGGGAACUGCCACUGCCAGUGAAUUUAUUAUUCUUGUUGAAUUGACCCUGGAAGAGUACAUGAACCAAUGAACUUUGACAUUUGUUUGAGGAUAAAUCCACUUUCUCCACCAACCAUUAGCAUCACAAGUUAUGGAAUGUAUCACAUGAGGGUCCACAGGUGAUGCAACAAAACCGCGUCUUCUAUAGCAAAAAUCCAAACUCAUCCACUCUCUACUACUUCCAUUUCUUCAGUACACUUCUUUUUCAAUUUUAAAACACAACCCAGAUUCUGACUCCUCCCUUUAGAUUCUAAUUAUUAUAAUCAUGAUAUUACUAUUUAAGUGAAUCUACAGUAUCUCCAUUUGAGAAAUAACACUUGUUAAAUCCACAAACCACCUCUGAAGUUUCCAGGAAGCUACACUUUUUAAAGCCUUGAGAUAUUAUAAAACAUGUACACGCUUUAUCUGCUGUUUUAAGAUGAUACGAAUCCACACCUAUAAAUAAAACUGCAAACGUUGUUAACAUUCCAACAUCAUAAUCCAAGUAGGUAAAUUACAAAAAAGGUAGAAACAUUUUGAGACACAUCUUGCUUUUGUGUGUGUUAUGUCUGGUCUUAGUGAUUCCAUUAACAAUGGACGAUAUGAUGGUCAAGCUGGUAUACCCUCUGUCUACAGAGGAGUCCGGAAGAGGAAAUGGGGCAAAUGGGUGUCUGAAAUCCGCGAACCGGGGACCAAGAACCGUAUCUGGCUAGGUAGCUUCGAGACUCCUGAAAUGGCUGCAACCGCCUAUGACGUUGCAGCAUUCCAUUUCAGGGGACGAGAGGCUCGUCUCAACUUCCCUGAGCUCGUCGGCAGCCUGCCACGUCCUGCAGACUCGAGCUCGGACAGCAUUCGCAUGGCGGCUCAUGAGGCAGCACUCUGUCUCAGACCAGAACCGGUGGAGUCAGACAUGCAUGUGGACACUUCAAGCUCUUCCAACGCAGGUCCAACGAUGGUCAGGCUCUCGCCCAGGGAAAUUCAAGCGAUCAACGAGUCAACUUUGGGGUCUCCUACCAUGUUGAUGCAUUCAACAGAUGACUACUCAAUGGGGUUUGCUAAUUAUAUGGGGAUGAAUGUUUGGGAUACAUACCAUACUGACUCCCUUUGGGACGCUUAAAACCAGAAGAGUUUCUACAGCUCAAUAUUGAGUUCAUAACAGCUUAAGUUACUAGCCUAGACUGCUUAAGUAUUAGGGUUUAGUUUCUAGAAUCAAGAACAAGGGUUGUUGAUUCUGACGUUAGAGCAAAGAAUAAAGUUCAUUUGAGUUAUGGAGGGAAGGACACUUGUAUUCUUCUAAAGGAACAGAUGAGCUUGAUGGGUCCCAGAUAUGGACCUCUUCACCAAUAGUUUCAAAUUAAAUAGUUUGGUACUAAUAGACACAUAGCUUCUAUUUAAUAAGCUGUGUUACAGAUUGUGAGGUGUGACUAAUUUUUUAUUUUUUAUUUAUUUUCAGUUGUUUAUUACCUCUUUUGCUUAUGUAAUUCAAUAUGAAUUGUAGUUUAGUAACCUGGAUUUGGUUUGGUAUAUGUAUGGAUUCCUGAAAACUAUAAUAUAUUUUUUUAUUCUAACUAAUCUUAUGAAAAGAAAAUCUACAUUUCAUUACUGCAUGACUUUUUUACAAAUUGAUCAAGUUGUAAUUCUUCCAUUUUCAAAACCAGUACAUACAAUAACUCCAAGCUAUUGCAAAAAAAAAA